CUUGAACUGUGUCUUAUGAAGUCCCCUUUAUUGGUUCUUCUUCUUGUCCUUCAGGUUUUUGCAUGGAAAACUGUUCCACUUGCUCUGUUCGAUGCUCCUACAUCUGAUUCAAUAGGUGAAGGGCCAGUAAUUUCUAUUCGAUAUUCACUAGAUGAGAAGAUUAUUGGAAUUCAACGAUCUAAUCUUGAGAUUGAGUUCAGGAUAAGAGAUACUGGGGAGGCUUUUGUCCAUAAGACUAAAUCAGAAUCUGAGAGCAUACUGGGAUUCUUUUGGACAGAUUGCCCAUCCUGUGAUGUUAUAUUUGUGAAGAUAAGUGGUUUGGAUCUGUUUGCAUAUGAACCUGAGCUGAAGGCACUCUGAUUGGUUGAGACAAAAAGAUUGACUGUGAGCUGGUAUAUUUACACACGA